GAGGAUGCUGAGGAUGCUGAGGAUGCGGCGGGCCGGAGCGGAGCGGGGGUACCCGGGCAGCGCCUGGCUGUGCUGCUGGCUGCUGGGCUGGCAGGCGGCCGCCCUGCAGCUGCCGCCCUGCGAAGAGACAGAUUACCACUUCGAGUACACGGAGUGCGACAGCAGUGGCUCCAGAUGGAGGGUGGCUGUCCCCAACCCGUCCGUGGAGUGCUCUGGACUACCUGACCCCGUGAGAGGGAAGGAAUGCACUUUCUCCUGUGCCUCUGGUGAGUACCUGGAGAUGAAGAACCAGGUAUGCAGCAAGUGUGCAGAGGGGACCUACUCACUGGGCAGUGGGAUCAAGUUUGACGAGUGGGAUGAGCUUCCAGCAGGAUUCUCCAACGUGGCGACUUUCAUGGACACGGCGCUCGGCUCCUCCGAGGGCAAAGCCGACAGCUGCAACAACUCUUCAUGGACACCUCGAGGGAAUUACAUUGAGUCAAACAGGGAUGACUGCACAGUUUCUCUCAUCUAUGCUGUGCACCUGAAGAAAUCCGGCUCUGUCUUCUUUGAGUACCAGUAUAUUGACAACAACAUCUUCUUUGAAUUUUUUAUACAAAAUGACCAGUGCAAAGAAAUGGAGUCCACGGCAGACAAAUGGGUGAAGCUCACAGACAACGGGGAGUGGGGCUCUCAUUCUGUAACUCUGAAAUCAGGUAGCAAUAUACUGUACUGGAGAACAACAGGGAUUCUCAUGGGCUCCAAAGUUGUAAAACCAGUUUUAGUGAAGAACAUCACAAUUGAAGGAGUUGCAUACACAUCUGAAUGCUUCGCGUGCAAGCCUGGUACCUUCAGUGACAAACCAGGGGCAUCUGGCUGCCAGGUGUGCCCACGAGACACUUACUCUGAGAAAGGGGCUAAAGAGUGCACCAGGUGUAAAGAAGAAAUGUAUUAUGCAGAGGAGGGAUCCAGUGCAUGCGUAGAGAGACCUCCAUGCACAAGCAAAGACUUUUUCCAGAUCCAUACCCCGUGUGAUAAGGAGGGAAAAACUCAGAUCAUGUACAAGUGGAUUGAACCCAAGAUCUGCAGAGAGGAUCUCCCUGAUGCAUUGGCCCUACCUCCUUCUGGAGAGAGGCAGGAUUGUCCACCCUGCAAUCCUGGAUUUUACAACAAUGCCUCAUCUUCCUGUACUCCCUGCCCACCAGGCACAUUUUCAGAUGGGACACAGGAGUGCAAAGCCUGCCCUGCUGGGACUGAACCAGCUCUUGGGUUUGAGUACAAGUGGUGGAACAUCCUGCCAGGAAACAUGAAGACAUCUUGCUUUAAUGUUGGCAACUCAAAGUGUGAUGGGAUGAAUGGUUGGGAGGUGGCUGGUGAUCACAUCCAGAGUGGGGCAGGAGGCUCUGACAAUGACUAUCUUAUCUUGAGCCUGCACAUCCCAGGAUUUAGACCUCCAACAUCAGUGACGGGAGCGACUGGGUCAGAACUCGGACGGAUUACUUUUAUUUUUGAGACCAUCUGUUCAGCAGAUUGUGUGCUGUACUUUAUGGCAGACGUUAAUCGAAAAAAUACCAAUGUGGUGGAAUCAUGGGAAAAAAGCAAAGAAAGACAAUCCUACACUCACAUCAUCUCCAAAAAUGCUUCCUUCACAUUCACCUGGGCCUUUCAGAGAAUAAAUGAGGGUCAAGAUAGCAGGCAGUUCAUCAAUGACAUGGCCAAGAUCUACUCCAUCACGGUGACCAACGCAGUGGAUGGAGUGGCCUCCUCCUGCCGGGCCUGUGCCCUGGGCUCCGAGCAGUCGGGCUCGUCCUGCGUGCCCUGCCCUCCGGGACACUACAUCGAGAAGGAGACCAGCCAGUGCAUGGAGUGUCCAGCCAACACCUUCCUGUCCAUCCACCAGGUGUAUGGCAUGGAGGCCUGCAUCCCGUGUGGGCCUGGCAGCAAGAGCACCAAGGACCACUCUGCCUGCUUCAGUGAUUGCCUGGUGUCCUAUGUCAGGGAUAACCAGAGCCUGAAUUACAAUUUUAGCAACCUCAGCCAGGUGGGCUCGUUGAUGAGUGGACCUAGCUUCACUUCCCGAGGGACCAAGUUCUUCCACUUCUUUAACAUCAGCCUGUGUGGGAAUGAGGGGAAGAAGAUGGCGAUUUGCACUGACAAUAUCACAGAUGUUACUCUGAAGGACAUGGUUGCAGAAUCAGAAGAUUUUUCCAAUUUCGUGGGAGCUUUUGUCUGUCAGUCCACCAUCAUCCCAUCAGACAGCAAGGGCUUCCGAACAGCCCUGGCUCUGCAGUCCAACAGCCUUGCUGACAGGUUCUUAGGAGCUACUGUGGAAACAGUGCUGGAAAAUAUCAGCAUCAAGGCAGAUAUGUUUCCUCCCUCUCCAAGCAAAAUACCAGAUGUGCAUUUCUUUUACAAGUCUUCAACAGUGACAACCUCCUGUGAAAAUGGCCGUGCCACUGUUGUGACAAUGAGAUGCAACCCCCACAAACCAGACCAAGGAGAGCUUUCUGUGCCCAGCUCCUGCCCUGCAGGCACCUGUGAUGGAUGCACUUUCUACUUCCUAUGGGAAAGUGCAGAAGCUUGUCCUCUCUGCACAGAGCAAGACUACCAUGAGAUUGAGGGAGCCUGCAAGAAAGGAUUUCAGGAAACCUUAUAUGUAUGGAAUGAGCCAAAGCAUUGCAUUAAAGGAGUUCCCUUGCCAGAAAAAAGGACCAGCACUUGUGAAACAGUGGAUUUUUGGCUUAAAGUUGGAGCUGGUGUUGGUGCUUUCACAGCUGUUCUGCUCAUAGCCUUGACUUGCUACUUUUGGAAGAAGAACCAGAAGCUGGAGUAUAAAUAUUCCAAAUUAGUGAUGACAACGAACUCAAAAGAGUGUGAACUGCCAGCUGCUGACAGCUGUGCUAUAAUGGAAGGAGAAGAUAAUGAAGAAGAAAUUGUGUAUUCAAAUAAGCAGUCACUGCUGGGGAAGCUCAAAUCCUUGGCAACAAAGGAAAAGGAAGAUAAUUUUGAAUCUGUUCAGCUGAAAUCUUCAAGAUCUCAGAAUAUAUGAAGAAUUAAUGUUGCCUUCAAAGGAACAAACCUAAUUUCUAUUUUUACAGGACUAUAUUUUAAACAUAUUCUGGCACACAUUACAGUGGUGAUCUUGGUGAGAAAUGCUUGGCCUUUUAGGAGGAAAGAAGACAGGAAGCAAACCAGAAAAUUGGAUUGCCUUACCAUGUGAUUGAGUACCUUGCCAAAAAAAAGAAAGCAGAUUCUUGGAUUCCAUACUGGGAAUGAAAUUCAACUCAGGAAGAGAUAUACAUACUGCAAAUAACAUGAAUUUUUUGCAUUCACCUGGGCAACACUCAGGCAUGCCAUAUGAUUUAUAGGUACCUUUCAUUUCCUUCUCAUUCCUGUGCAUAUUCCUAAGAAAUUAUUUUCAGAGAGGCCUGCAACCUCCUGCAAAGGUUGUGUGUUGCUGUUUACUGGCACAACUGUGAGUCUUUCUUGAAAUCAAAAUUGUGAAUGGUACUUGGAAUGAGCCUUGGGUGAGUUUUGAACUUUGGAAAAUACUUUAGAUUUUAAUGCUUUGAAGGUCUGGAUUGUCUGUGUUGACCUCUAAUGCAAGAGGAAUUGUGUUGCACCUGCAAAUUGACCCCAUUCUGGUGCCUAAGCCAUGGCCAUCAGGGUUGGAGUAAAACCUAGUGCUAUUAAAUUUAAACUUGGUAACAGCUGUUGUAUAAAUUGUAAGUCUGGGCCCAUGAGUUUGUAGGCAGUAGCAGCUUCAAACUCUUUAUGGAGAUGUGAAGUGGUACCUACAGUGCAAGUUGCACUUGUCCCUCUCUGUGGAAGCUUUCCUCUCAAGAGAGGUCUGUGGCAGAUUCAGUGCUCUCCCUUGGUCUGUGUAAAUGUCACUUUUCCUGGGGCUGGGGAAAACCUGGGGAAAAACAGAAAAACUUGAAUUCUGGAGUGCAGCAAAAAUCUCUUCUUUUGGGAAUGAGGGAUCAGCUCUGUCAGUUGGAAGCCUUGUUAGAAAUACCUCCUUUAGUCCUGGGCCAUGUGAGGAAGGGGGAUGGAUGGAUGGAUGGAUGAGGGAUGGAUGGGUGGGUGGAUGGAUGGAUGGAUGGAUGGAUGGAUGGAUGGAUGGAUGGAUGGAUGGAUGGAUGGAUGGAUGGAUGGAUGGAUGGAUGGAUGGAUGGAUGAAGAAUGGAUGGAUUGAUGGAUGGAUGGGUGGAUGGAUGGAGGGAUGGAUGAGGAAUGGAUGGAUGGAUGAGGAAUGAAUGGAUGGAUGGAUGGAUGGAUGGAUGGAUGGAUGGAUGGAUGGAUGGAUGGAUGGAUGGAUGGAUGGAGGGAAGGAUGGAUGUCCAGCAGAGCUGAGCAUGGGUUGUGUACUUGCACAGCAUCUAAAUGCAUCCUGUGUCAGUGCAAGUAGCAGCUCUGGAGGAAAGGCACAAAGUGGUGUCUUGGAAACUGGAGGCUGGGUGAUUUUAUUUCCAUAAAAUCAACCACAUUAUAAGCAUGUGAUCUUCAUAAUAUCCACAGUAAUAAUUUCCUGAAAUUCCCUCUGAGGUCGAACUCAAAGGAAUCUGAAACUUAGGCAAAAAAUAUUUGAGUAAAAUUAUGCAAGACUUGAACAGAGCCAGAAAAAAUGAGUCACAAUUCUUGUAUUGACCUCUGGUCAGACUCAUAUUUCCAUUACAGCAAAUUAAUGUGAAUUGUGGAAUGCAUCAAAACCAGAAAAGAGACAUGGGCAGAAAUGGUCUUUUUACUCUAAGGAAUAUAGAUUUUUGAUUUUAUAUGACUGAGCUAGGUCUAUCAAUAAAAGAGGGCCCACUUUUAAGUAAAAUUUAAAUUAAACUGAAUUUUCUGCACUCUAAAUAUUUUAUUAUACUCUAGAUGUGAACAAAAAUUUUAUGAAGUUUAGAUUUUUUUUUCAUUAGGGAAAAUUGAGCUCUGUUAUUUUAUAGUUCCAGUCAAAGAACACAUACUUUACUCUUUUGAUGGGAGAUCCUUCAGGCAUCUUAACUGAAGUGGUGUACAUUUUCUGUUGGUCUUGAAAAGGCACUUCACUUUCCCAACAAAGAUUUUUAUGGGGUAAUGUUGAAUGUAUAUUAAAUACACAUUCCUUUUUUGUAUAUUUUGUACCAUUGCACACUUAUUAUUGUACAUUGUAUUUGUUGUCAUGAUGUCAUUUAUAUAUGGUUGUCAGAGAUGAUAUGCUCACAGAGUAAAUGGUUAUGGCUUUGGGAUUUCACUUCUUGAAUCUUUUAUGAUGAGGGGUUUUAUGUUGUUGAUUUUUAUUCAACUAGUGUGUUGUAGCAUCAAAGAUAUAUAUAUGAUGGACAUUCAUAAAAUAAAGUAAAAAUAUAUUUGAAAUUUUGGACUUGAGAUGUUUGGUGGCACUGCAGCCUUCCCUGAACAUUGCUGGUCUUCAGCAAUGAGUAGAGCUUUUCACUGCCAUCAAGUUGCAGUUGUCUACAUCUCCUUUAAUUUUUCCCCUUCUCUCUCCAUAUGUUUUCUUAGCCAUAAUUACACUUAAUUCUCCAGAACACCAUUUCUUUUUUUAUUUCUGGACCCAUACCCUAUAAUGCAGAAAUGCCUUAAUUUUUAUGAACUAUAUUUAAUUUGACUUAAUACCCCACAGGUUUUGAUGGGUUCCCUUUCCAUUAUAUUAUUUUCCAAAUAAAAUGGAGUGGAAUUUUUUUGACAGCUGUGACAGACUUUGCUGUAUGACUCUUCUCAGCUCUGCUUCCAAAUGGUUUAUCAUGAUGUUGUUGAACAUUCUCCCAGGCAGUCUAAUGGUGUAUCUGGUGCAGUGCUAACAACGUGGGAAGCAAACCAAUGCUGUAGACUUUAUUUACCUUAAAAUAAGAAAACUACACUUUCCAAGAAUUAAGCAAGCGUAGACUGAAAUAUUUGAGCUGACUUCUGCUAUUCAUUUCUUUCUGUUAAAGAUGUAGUAGAGAGGGGAAGUUUCCAUUUUCCCACAAGAGACAAAUUUUGGAAGCCUUUAACAGUUCACUAAAAAGUCAGCUAUGUGUGACCUCUCCCAGUGCUCUGCCAAAAUAUACUUACAGCAAACUCCCCCUUUUCU